GAGUUUACGGAAAGUUUUUCUGGAAGGAGCUGGACAGGAGAGUUGUUGGAGCUGGAGGGGGUCAAAGGAGUCUAUCCCAGGGAAACUGGAGGCUGUGCCUUACAACACUGUGAUCUAUUUUAUUUUAUUUUUUUUCUUACUAGAAUUAUUUCCACUCGUUUCAUCUCUCUUGCUUGCUAGCUGAAGAUGUCUACCGCUCUCGUGUCUCCAACCAUCUUCGAGCUCAGUGAAGUUUUAUGCAAAGGUAACAAGAUGCUGAACUACAACCCCUCAGCUGUGGGGGGCUGUCUCUUGGACAGAAAGGCAGUGGGAACUCCAGCUGGCGGGGGCUUUCCCAGGAGGCAUUCUGUCACCUUGCCAAACUCAAAGUUCCACCAGACCCAUCUCCUCAGCACCCUCAAGGGGGAGCCAGCCCCGACACUGGGGCCUAGGGAGAAUCGCUUUCGAGACCGCUCCUUCUCAGAAGGGGGUGAGCGCCUUCUUCAGCAAAAACAGCCUGGCGGCCAAGUCAACUCGAGCCGCUACAAGACGGAGCUGUGCCGCCCCUUUGAGGAGAACGGGGCCUGCAAGUACGGAGACAAGUGCCAGUUCGCCCACGGCAUCCACGAGCUGCGAAGCCUGACCCGCCACCCCAAAUACAAGACGGAGCUCUGCCGCACUUUCCACACCAUCGGCUUCUGCCCUUAUGGGCCGCGCUGCCACUUCAUCCACAAUGCGGAGGAGCGCCGGGCUGUAGCUGGUGGUCGAGAGCCUGCCAUCAGCGAAAGACCCCGCCUCCAACACAGUUUCAGCUUCGCUGGUUUCCCAAGCGCGGUGGCUGCCAAUGGGCUGCUGGACAGCCCCACUUCGAUAACUCCUCCGCCCAUCAUGAGUGCCGAUGACCUUCUGGGCUCUCCGACUCUGCCAGACUGUGCCAGCAACCCUUUCACUUUCUCCAGCCAGGAGCUGACCAACCUCUUUGCUCCCAGCAUGGGAGUGCAGGUAUCCGGUGGGGGGUCGCCCACUGCUUUUCUUCUGAGACCUAUGUCUGAGUCCCCCAACAUGUUUGACUCUCCCCCAAGUCCUCAGGACUCCCUCUCUGAUCAGGAAGGCUAUCUGAGCAGCUCCAGCAGCAGUCACAGUGGCUCAGAUUCGCCCAUCCUGGACACCUCGAGACGUCUUCCCAUCUUUAGCAGACUCUCCAUCUCUGACGAGUAACCUGGUGUUGCCUCUUGCCCUCUUCCCAUUUUCCCUCUUUUACAAUGUUAAGCUUGUAAUCUCUCUCUCUGUUUUUCUCUCUGUCCUUCCCACCCCCAGAUCUUAACAUCUCUGGGUUAGAUGUUAACACAAAGGUGGUCCACCUGCUCAGAGGCUACCCACUGGCUCAAAAUCAUAUGUGCCAAAUUACAGCAAAAAGUGAUAAUCGUUUACAAAAGUAGUGCCUUUUCAACAUGUUCACUGUGACUGCGUUACCUCUCUAGCUGCAGAAGGCACCAGCAGCCUCCACAGACGUCUGCACAUUUCCACAUGUGUAGGGAAUAUCCAGACCCAACAGCUCUUAUUCCUGGGCAUGAUACAGGAUCUUCCUCUUCCUUUCCUAGCUCCCUUUCCUUUGGCCAGUGUUCUGUAGACAAGGCAUGUGGACACCUGUUAACAUCCAGCCCUUUCCACCUCUCAAAAAGACUAAUCUUGCCUGAAUCUUCUCAGGUCAGCCAGAAGAACAGCUCAGAAUGGACAGUAACUGUAAUAUACAUGGGGGACUUGGUGACUGGAGAGGAAAGCCAGAUGGACAAUGAAAGACUUGCUUUUGGUGCUACAGGUUCCCCGUGUGUACAUGUGACAUCUUCAGCAACAAAAAUUUGGGGAGGGGGGGUGUCUUUAACGGUGUUCAUUCCACACAUGCAAGUUCUGUGUAAACAAAGUUCCAGUAGUCAUAGCUUUAAUGGUUUUGCUCUAGAGUACAAUAGACCUAUCCAUAGAGCACUCACGCCAAGCUUUUUUAUUUUUUUUUUCCUGGGGUUUUUAAUUUUGUAUAACUUUUCAGAAAUUGGAAAGCAAAUUUUGCUUGUCACUGCACAACAAUAUAAAGCUUAUUUAACUUAUCAAAACGUAUUUAUUGCUGAAACCUAUGCUUUUUUUGUUAAUUUUGUUCAUAUUUAUCUGGAUGAUGAAUUCAUAGAAUAUAUUCUUUUAUGUUUAAAUUAUGAUCUUCCAUAUUAAUCUUAAGAUUGUGAAGUCUUUCUUUUCCCCUCCCCCACAGUUUAAUAUAUUAUACUACAAUGACAUUUUUGUAACUUUACACUUUUUUUGUUAUUUUAUUUUAAAAAAAUGAAAAAUUAAUUUAAAAAAAUGCAACAGCUGUGUUUGGAUUAUUUAUUUUAGAUCGUUACCCUUUUUGUGUCAGACUGCAAAUUGAGUUUAAUGUGCUUCUUUGCCUCUUUUUGCCCCAACACGGCCUCUCCCAGAUGGGAUCUAAUUCUGACCAUGCUGAUGUCAUUGUAAGCUUUGUCAUUGACUUCAGCAGGGUUAGGAUUUUACUGCAGGCCUCUAGAAUGUAUGUGCACAAGCUGUGCUCUGAGAUGAUAAAAAGGAAGGUUACUUCCUUUUUUUUCCUUGUAAGUAUUUAAA